AUGGCUCCCGUGUGCCCCAAAGACCAUGCUAGCACGCUAGAGGAGCGAGAGCGUAUGAUUAGGGAGGUCUACAACCGCGUCGAAACUCGAUAUCUCAGCGAUCCCAAGUCAGAGUCGAAUCCCAUGUUUUGGACGGCCGCACAAAUAGCCCGUGUCAUUGUCGCGAAGAUGAUACUACUCAUCUAUCAGCCGAUUCUGUUCCCUGGUCCUAAUGAUGAGCAUCUGUCUGGCGAGAUCCGCAGUCGUCUAUUUAGCGCAUCCAUCGAGAUCUUUGAGUACAAUCAUCUUCUCAACACCGACCCUAGGUGCCGACAGUGGAGAUGGCUCUUCCAAACAUACACUCAGUGGCAUGCCGUGGCCUAUAUCUUGAUGGAAGUGACGAAGAGGCCAUGGGGCCCAACCUCUGAGCGGGCAUGGACGGCUCUCAAUUCCUCCUUCACACAACCAAACCCCUUAGAGGCCGAGAAGCUCGAUGGCCCCUCGGCUGUCUGGGUACCUUUCAAGAAGCUUUACUUGAAGGCCAAAAGGCAUCGGGAUGCAGAGGUUCAACGGCUCAUUUCCGAUCCAACGGCCGCACAGGCAUUAGAGUUAGAAGAUCGCGUCACGGAAGUACCAGCAAGUUUCGCUGCCAUGCCAGGUCCUAUAAAGAGUGCAAUUGCCAAUGAGCGUUGGCGCAGGCUGGUCAACGCACCACCACUACCGCCAGGUGCCGUAGAGCAAAGAGAGCACGAACUGCAGGCUCAUGCGGCAUCACGGGCGAAGGAGGAGCCUCCGAAUAUGCCGCCCACAAGCAUGGGCCGAACCCCGAGUGCAGCGCCCAAUUCGGCAUUGGAGUUUCUCGAUCAUGCAAUGGCGCAACCUUCAUUCUCGCCGGAAACUUUCUGGCCGAUUGCUCUAUCGACUGCAUUCAUGGAUGACGCACGCCAGGCUGCCUUUGGCUACAUGGGCGGUAACAUUCCGAGACAGGACGAUACCUUGGCCAACUUUGCGCACGGAAACACUCAGAGCGACGCCAGAAUGAAUCCGCUGGCCCAAAGCCAGAAUCCAUCUUCAUCCACGCCCCUGGUUGACGCUAUCAAGACUACCAAUCCCCCUCCGUGGCUGUGGGGCGAGACCACAGCUCCAGCAGCUGGAGCGGCCGGGUUGCCCAACAUGCAGGUGGACGAUGUCGAUAUAAACAUGGACGAGGAUUUUAACUGGCAAGAUUGGGGCCAGAGUAUUCCAGGCACUGGAUUUUGGAGCGGACAGGCGCUAUGA